AUGCCCCUGACCGAGCCCAGAGAGCGGGAGGGUGAGAGCAUGCGGGCUGGCCAAGAACCUGCCCGACAGCCUGGCAUGGACGUCGUCCCUGCGGCCCCCAGGAUACCUAAGAAGUUCUCCAGGCUCGUCCUGCUCACGGCCUCCAAAGACAGUGCCAAAGUGUCUGGGGCCAAGCGCAAAGGGGUGCACUGCAUCAUGUCCCUGGGCGUGCCCGGCUCUGCCACCCUCGCCAAGGCCCUCCUGAAGAUCCACCCCGAGGCCCAGCAGAAGAUGGAAGCCACAUCCCAGGAGCCUGAGCCCAAACGAAGCAGGCUAGACACAGGUGAGGGUGGGGCUGCCUUCCCCCCGCCCAAGGGGCUUGGUGUUCUGGGAGCUGCUGCCCCCUGCUGGAUGAACCGGGAUAGUUAA